AUGAAGGUCGCCUCCUUAGCCCUCGUAACACUGCUCCUGGCGGCUCUCUGGAUGGAAGCCCACUCGUUCAGCUUUGAUAGGAAACACAACACAUGCUGUUAUGCAAACAAUUUUGUCAGAAAACCGAUCUCCCCGCAACUGAUCCGGAGUGACAGACCCACAGAUAGUAGAUGCUCCCGCCAGGCCGUGAUUGUGGUGCUGCGGAGGGGGAAGGAAGUCUGUGUCGAUCCCAGUGCGGAAUGGUUCAAGACGUACAAAGAAGACCAGAAAAACUCCUUAAAGAAACUUGGCCUGUGGGUCUGA